AAGAGAAUCAAAUACACUGGGAUUCGUGGCUGGGAUUUCUAAGUCAUGCUUUUGCUACACACCAAACCAGAAGGUCAGAAGGUCUGUUCCUGCUGCUUAGGAACAUUUUUCCUUCUACUGAGGUCAAAAUUUAAUGUAUACAGUUUCCCUAAUUCUAUUUAUUCCUAGAAUAAUUCUGAGAUGGAAGAAAAGCCCUGCAAAAUAAUGCUGUAAGAAAAUCAAAUGAACAGCAGAUCUGUGUUUUAUCAUAGCUACAAUUUUUAUGGCUGACAGUGGUUUUAGCGAACUCAUUAUGCAGCACCUCACUGAUUAGCCACCUACAGCUGCAGCAUGGCUUGACAGUCAACCAGAAUGGAAUACACUCAAAGAAAAGGCAGAGUUAUACCUUUAAUGUUACCCCUUGGCAAUAUGCAUGGCAGAUGACUGUUUCAUGGACAGCCAGCAGUGUGAUGUCAGAUAGAGCUGCGUCUUAGGAAGCAAUUUCACUUCCUGUUGCUUUGACAGAUGCCUUCAAGUGUUUCAACAUGCAAAGGACUACUGAGAAGUGUUUAUCAGUAUUGUCUCCACCUGAAAAAUUCUUCUUUUAAAAACUUUUAAAAAAUACUGAAAGCACUGAAGAAUUAUGAAAAUCACCUUUUUCUUUGCUGUGCUGUUCUUACUUGAUCUCUUUGUUUGCUGUCAUACAUAUGACCAAUAUCCCUUGCCUGACAUAGAAGACACAAAGUUCAUUGAAGACUGUGUGAGAGCUCACAACAACUUCAGAUCCAAAGUGAAUCCACCAGCCAGCAAUAUGUUUCGCAUGUCCUGGGACGCUGCUUUAGCUAAGUCUGCCAAAGCAUGGGCAAAGAGGUGCAUGUUUGAGCACAAUAUCUACCUUAAAAUACCACAGAAGAUGCACCCCACCUUUACGUCUAUCGGAGAAAACAUCUGGACUGGCACAGCCACCAUCUUUUCUGUGCAAGUAGCUCUGACUGAUUGGUUUGAUGAAGUCAACAGCUACAAUUUCAACACCCGUCACUGCACUGACAAGUGUGGUCACUACACCCAGGUCGUUUGGGCAACAAGUUACAAAGUUGGCUGUGCAGCUCACUUCUGCCCUACAAUUCACAAUCUUCAAGGAUUCAACAGAGUGGCACAUUUUGUUUGUGACUAUGGGCCAGCGGGGAACUACCCAACACAACCUUAUAAAGCAGGACCACCAUGCAGUGGAUGCAUUAACAACCAGUGUAUAGACAAUCUCUGUGUAAAUACAGAACGUGAGAAACUGAUAAGUUAUGCCAACUGGUAUCCAGACUGGGACACUCAGCCCCAGCCACCACAGCGCCGUCCCCCCCAGCCUCCAGCCCCUCGCCCUCCAGCCCGUCGCCCUCCAGCCCCUCGGCCUCCAGCCCCUCGGCCUCCAGCCCACACACCCCCAGCAGGGCAACCGCAUUCUUCCUGUGACCGCUACUGUGUUAGUGUCUUGAUUUUAAGGCCACUGUUUUUGGUACUGAGUGUUGUAGGUGUUCUUUUAGCGCAGCGAUGGUUUCCACACAUGUUUAUAUAUGUGUAAUGAUCAUUUGAGAUACUGAUAGUGAUUCUACCACUGCGUCAGAGAAUUGCAUGUUUGAUGAAAAACAGUCAGUCAUCACUGCUGUACCUUUGCUAUGUUUAUCCAAUGUAAAAUGAUUCUGCAUUCAGGGCAAGAUUUAAAUUCAGGGCUGUGCAUGGAGUUGCUGUAAUUUUUUAGCAUGGCUUCUAUGUCUGUAAGAGCCUCUUAGCUCUGCCUCAUGGGAAGUUUGCUGGAGGGACCAUGUAGGCAAUGUACUGCUGUGUAUGCUAACAAGCCUUCUGGAAACCUGGAGCAUCACGAAGAUAUUUCCGAAUCAUAGAAUCGAAGAAUAUCCCAAGUUGGAAGGGACCUCAAUGAUCACUCAGUCCAACUCCUGGCUGCAUGCGGGACCACCAAAAAACCAAACCCUGUGUCUGAGAGCAUUGUCCAAAUGCUCCUUCAGCACUUAAGUUGAACUUAACUCUGGAUCCAAAAGAAGCAAUAACGCAUUUUCAUUAAAUUUCAAUUAUCCCUAACAUCAUUUUCUUUCGAUAGUGGAGAUUUAACUAUGUAUUACUUUUUAAGAACAGAAAGAAUAAACCUUGUCCUUUA